GUUACCUCCAAGGUAAACUGGCCGAAGGCCUGUGCGAUUGGUUCGCAAGUUUCGGUACAGUUCCCUCGCAGAUCGGUAUUAUCUAACAGUAGUUGCAUCCAUGCAAUACUACAAACACACAGCUAGAAAGUGAACGCGAGUGAAAAUGUAUUCAAGAACCGGCGAAACAGUCGUGGACAUAACAACACCUCCAGACCCGGCGAAAAUCGUCCACAUCGCCAGAGACCGCUUCGAAGAGGGCAAAACCAAGCCGAUUAAAUUCCGGAAGAAGCAGCUCAACAACCUCGUCAAGUUCGUGCAGGACAAUGAAGACGCCAUCCUGGAGGCCCUCUACCAGGACUUCAGGAAGCCCAAACAGGAAGUCGUCUGCUACGAGAUCGUGCCGGUGGUCAAGGAGGCCAAACAUGCCAUCAACCAUCUGGAAGAGUGGGCCAAGCCAGAAAAACCCAAAAAAUCGCUAGUUAAUUUGCUGGAUGGGGUGAUGGUCUACAACGACCCCUUUGGGGUGGUGCUCGUCAUGGGCGCCUGGAACUACCCCCUAGCCCUGGUGCUGAUGCCUGUUAUUGGCGCCAUAGCAGCGGGCAAUUGCGUCGUAAUCAAGCCCUCGGACCUCUCCCCUGCCACAAGUCAGCUCAUGUACAAACUACUGCCCAACUAUUUGGACCCCGAGUGCUACCCUGUGUACCAGGGCGGAGUCAAAGAAACAACCGAGUUGCUUAAAGAAAAGUUCGAUUAUAUCUUCUACACAGGCUCCACCUCUGUGGGCCAGAUCGUGCACAAGGCGGCCAAUAGGCACCUCACACCUGUCACGCUGGAACUGGGCGGCAAAAGCCCCGCCUACAUUGACAACUCGGCCGAUAUAACCAAAACCGUGAAACGUAUUUUAUGGGGAAAAUGCAUAAACUCCGGCCAGACUUGCAUCGCCCCUGACUAUAUUCUCUGCACUAAAGAAGUGCAAGACAAGUUUGUAAAAUACGCCGAAAAGGCUCUUUUGGAGUUCUACGGUAGUGAUAUUAAGGAUAGCAAUGAUUACUCUCGCAUUAUCACUGACCGACAUUUCGAAAGAUUGGUUAAUCUUUUGCCCGGGCUUAAGAUCGCAGUUGGGGGGCGAUAUGAGCAAAAAGACAGGUUUAUAGAACCCACAAUUGCCAUUGACGUCAACCCCAACCACGCUAUAAUGCAGGAAGAGAUUUUCGGCCCCAUUUUGCCCAUCAUUCCCAUAAAUAACAUCGACGAAGCUAUCACUUUUAUCAACCGGAGGAAUAAACCCCUAGCGUUGUAUAUUUUCUCAACGAGGAAACAAGACCGGGAAAAACUCCUCUCGAAGACGUCCAGUGGCGGAGUUUGCGUCAACGAUACCAUCCUUCACGCCUCGGUAGAUGUCUUACCUUUCGGGGGCGUUGGGACGAGUGGGAUGGGAUCGUACCAUGGGAAGAAAACUUUUGAUACGUUCACGCACAAGAAGAGUGUUCUAGUUAGGGAUUUUCAAGCCAUUCCGGAGAAAAUCAUGGCUAGUAGGUACCCGCCGUAUUCGAAUUCGAAAAUUUCGCUCAUUCAGAUGGCCCUAGAGGAGCGGAAAAGGGUCCCUCUGAAGUAUUUGCCACAUUUUGUGAUGUUUUUAUUAGGGGUGGGGAUCACGAUCGCGGUUUAUUUUUUGUACCUGUAUUUGGAAGUCUAAUGUGAUUUUGGUGAUAAGAGGUGUCCUAGGUUAAGUUCAAUAAAGAUUUUUUACACUU